UCAUCCGCCAGUCUCCCAAAGAAGAAGAACAACAAAGAAAUCCUGAAAACACUACUGGAUGUAUGUUUACAGGUCAGCAAGACGCUUAAAAUAAUGCUUCAUUUCAGCUUUUUACGGGCAUGGACAUGUUAGUUUGGAUGUUAUGUAUGAUCCCACGGACACCGUGAACAUCUAUGAUAUUGGAGAAAAGAAGAAACCAGUUGAACCAACGGACCUUGUUCCCAUGAAUAUAAUGUUUGACCUAAAGUGUGAAAGCUCUUCAGGUGAAGAGGAAGAGACGGAAGGAGGAGAGGCUAGUUUAACAGCACAGGUAUCCAGGUGUGCGAAUGUAACAUCGGCGGAUUUAGACGAAUUGGAACACAACCGAAACGAAUCUAGUACCGUAAAGCAAACGAUAUGGGCAGUAAACUGUUUUAAAGCCUGGCUCCGUGAAAAGCAGUUGACAAUCGACUUGAAAACCGCGGAGAAGUCGGAGCUCAAUCCGGUGCUGCGCGAGUUUUAUGGCUCUAUUCGGACGAGCAAAGGGGAGUUGUACGGGAUCAGCAGUUACGUCGGGCUCCGGGCUGGGUUAAAUCGGUUCAUCAACGAGCCUCCCAUCAACCGUGCGUGGAAUCUGAUGCAGGACACCGAGUUCAGGUCCGCCAACAAUGUUUUUAAAGGGGUUGUCAAGCAGAUGCGACGCUCCGGUAGGGAUAUAACAGCACAUUAUCCGCCGAUUUCACCUGAAGACCAGCACAUGCUGAAACAUUCCGCUGCACUGGACCCUGGCAACCCAAAAGGCUUAUUAAAUAAGGUGUGGUAUGACAUGCAGUUACAUUUUGGACUCAGGGGUAAGGAGGGCAACCGACACCUGCAGCCAGACGUGUUUGCUUUGAACCGAGACCAAAACGGUUUUAAAUACUUCACCAUGACAUUAAACGAGGACACGAAGAACCCGCAGGAAAGGGACAAGAAAAAACGCAAGGCUAUGUUUGAAGAGCCUGGCAAUCCGCUGUGUCCUGUUGCCUCUCUGGAGAAAUAUCUCAGCAAAAUUCCAACCGACGCAAAAGCGCUUUAUCUACAGCCCAAAAGGAUGUAUGUGAUCAGCGAUGAGAUCUGGUACACUGCGGUUCCUUUGGGAGUCAAUUAUCUGUCCCAAAUGCUGCCCAAAAUUUGCAAAGAGGCCGGGACGAGAACGACCUACACCAAUCACAGUCUGAGGGUCACUUCAAUUCAAAGACUGACCGAAACGAGGGAGAUCAUGGCGGUAUGUUUGCACAGCGUUCCGGUUGAGAUUAACACUCAGUGGCAGCAGGAAUCUGCUCCGUUUUCCCCCAGCAGUGAGCUUGACUCCAGCUCAGCCAAACAGGAGAGUCCCGUGAGCAGCCACAGCUGGGUGAAACAGGAACCAGAGCCUGAAGUAAUCCAAUUGGAAAAUAUGAACUCUGAGGCCGCCACUGAUGCGGAGCAGGACAAAUCUCUGAGCAGUGCUGUUGCUGCAGCGGACCCGAACCCGAUGGAUGGUUUACCCAGCGGUGUUAUGCUGACCAUUACUAAGCUCCAGUGUCUGCUGGAGAGCAAACAGGAGAGGAUUGAAGCUCUGGAGAGACAGGUGCAGGACCUACAGGAGGAUCGCAGGUUCCUCCGCUCUCAGAUCGAGAACCUCACCGGCGCUCGCUUGGUUCCGGUGCCUGAAGCGAGCACAUCAGUGUUCUCAGGGCCCAGGUCACGUAAAAGGCGGCGUAAGAGCUCAUCCAGCUCGUAUGCCACUGAUGAAUCUAGCAGCUCCUCUUCAUCUGAAGAGUCCAGCAGCGUCAGGAAAAAGAGACGCCACAAGAAGAAAGGGAAGAGAGUGUGACUAGGUCUUGAUCUGCCUUCAUCAAGAAGAAGAGUAUGAGCUGGGCUUUUCCGUCCGUCCGUCCGUCCAGGACAGUUUUUACGAGUGAGCCUCCAUGUGCCCUGGAUUACAGUGGGCUAUACUGUAAAAGGACCUUAUUCGGCCCCUCCAUCUUCUGGCCUGGGACAGCGCUGUCCCCAACACGACCCUCGUGGCAGAACUGCUGCUGGUUUCUAACAGGUCUGUGCCUCUGGUCGGUCAGCGUCUCUGCAGAGCUGUUCAGUUUGUAAUUCUACAACCCGGAAAAGACUCAAGAUUUCUGAGCCUUGAUCUAGUGGGUUUUGAUUUAUGAGUACAUGUGAGUGUUCUUUUUGCUUUAAAAAUGCAAGUUGCUAUUGAGGUAACAUAGUAACUCACAUUCUUCUUAUGCUACUCUGAAAACCAUUAGGAUAACCCUAAGAUAACCUUAGUCUUCCGGGGCAGCCUACGAUAUCACAUCUGAACUGGUGUUUUGUGAUGAUGAAGCCCUCAGAAGAAGGAUGGAGUGGAUGAAGGCUUCUACCUAGGACUGCUAAACAAACAAGCAUUCUCCGUGUUUGGACACUAGAGGGUGCUCUGAGACUAUUGCAAAGUGAAAAUGAGAGGCUGUGGAGCCCGGCAGGAAAUAAAAGUAGUCGGUGGAAUUAAAAUAUGUGUUAUGCAUAAUCACUAGUUUUAUCAUUAUCCAGUCCACUCUGGCACAGAUUUGGUGUGUAUGUAAGCAUUGCUUGCAUAUUGUGUCCGUUAUUUGUUUUCUUCACAUAAACUCUGCCAAGUUUUGUAUUCUCUAACAAUUCCAUCACAUGUUCCUUUAUGUCAGGGUAUUUUAAAUUAGCCCUUGUGGUCCAUUGUCCUGCAGAGUUUAGCUCCAACCCGAAUCAAACACACCUGAUCAGUACCUGCAUGAGUACUAGAACAUUGCAGACCUGUGAGUGAUCAUAGAUCGGGUUUGGAGAUAAACUCCCCUCAAGAGCCAGAGCUGAAGAACACUGCUUGUGAUUUAUUUUCAUUCUACGGUUUUGAAAUGUCUGCAGUUGUUUUACAAUUAAAGGUGCUGCAAGUGAUUUUA